GGCAUCCCCCAGGCGGUCCCCCUCCCUUCUUCUCUCUUCCCCGCCCGGCAUCGCCGGGAAAAAUGGGGAAAAAAGCCAACAGAUAAUAAUGAAAAAAAACCCGCGCGCGGGAGCGGUGAUUCCCGCCCGGCCGGGCCGCGCCUCCCCCGGCCCGGGCUCCUCCCCGCCCCGCCCGGCGGGGCUCCAGCCCGGGGCCGCCGCGUACGUGAGCCGGCCGCGGCGGGGACGGGGAUUUCAAAACAAGCUGCGGCGGGGGAGGCGGGCGGGAGCCGCGCCGGAGCGUGUCCAAGAUGGCGAGCGUGCUGUCCAGGCGUCUGGGGAAGCGCUCCCUGCUAGGCACCCGUGUUUCUGCCCCCAGUGCCUUGGCUGACGGCGUGCUGGUGGCCACCCAGAUUCCCAGCUUGCAGACUGACCUUGGCCGGGCACCUGCCCACACGGCGCCACGAGAGGAUGGAUCUUGUGUGCUGUCAGCAGAGGAAAGCAGUCAGGUGCCCAGGUUCCCCAGCCCCAGCCGCUGGCAGCUCCGAGCCGGGCAGCAAGUCCUCAUCACUUACAACGGGCAGGAGUGCACGGGCCUUGUGGAGCAGCACAAUCCGCUGAGCGACAAGGUGAAGGUGCUGCUGCCGGAGCAGGGCUUGCAGGCGUGCUGGAGGGUGCAGGAUGUGCGGCCGGCCAUACUCCAGCCCCCUGCCCUGCCCACAGCCAGUGGUCCUGGCCCUGCUGAGGCACUGCAGAGAUCUGUAUCCAGCAGUAUUGAUGUACCAAAGAGGAAAGCCGAUGCCGCUGUGGAGAUGGACGAGAUGGUGGCAGCCAUGGUGCUGACGAGCCUCUCCUGCAGCCCUGUGGUGCAGAGCCCUCCUGCCAGCGAGAGUGGCAUUCCCUCCUCACGGGCAGCGUGUGAUCCCUGGAAAGAGAGUGGCGAUGUCUCAGACAGCGGCAGCAGCACCACCAGCGGGCACUGGAGCGGGGGCAGCGACAUCUCCACCCCUUCACCCCCCCACCCCGCUGGCAGCCCCAAGUACUCCAGUGAGGCCCUGAGCUCCCCCCAGGCAGACGAUGGCUUUGAGACUGACUCUGACCCAUUUCUCCUUGACGAACCUGCUCCGCGCAAGAGAAAGAACUCUGUGAAGGUGAUGUACAAGUGCCUGUGGCCAAGCUGCGGCAAGGUCCUGCGCUCCAUUGUUGGUAUCAAGCGGCACGUCAAGACCCAGCACCUCGGGGAUGGUGCAGACUCCGACCAGCGGAAGCGGGAGGAGGAUUUCUACUACACUGAAGUGCAGGUGAAGGAAGAGCCAGUGCCGGAGGCGGCCACAGCCACCAGCCCCACAUCUGUGUCCGCUCCCAUCAUCAUCCAGCAAGCCCUGGGAAAGCCAGAGGCACUACUGGUGGAGCAGCCAGCACUGGAGCCCGCCCUGGCCAGCAGUACCCUGAGCCAGUCUGCCCCCAGCUCCUUCUGGCACAUCCAGGCUGAUCACGCCUACCAGGCGUUGCCCUCGAUCCAAAUUCCAGUGUCCCCUCACAUCUUCACCAGCAUCAGCUGGGCCACUGCCACCUCAACCCUCCCGUCCCUGUCACCGGUGCGGAGCCGGUCGCUCAGCUUCAGUGAACCCCAGCCACCGACGCCAAUGCUCAAGUCCCACCUGAUCGUCGCCUCGCCGCCCAGGGUGUCCAUCGGCACCAGGAAAGUCCGUGGUGAAGCCAAAAAGUGCCGUAAGGUUUAUGGCAUUGAGCACCGGGACCAGUGGUGCACAGCCUGUCGGUGGAAAAAGGCUUGCCAGCGCUUCCUGGACUGAGUGCAGCACCACGGUGCCGCGUCCCUCCCCUGCUCCUGCCCGGGGAGCACUGGAGUCCCUCACUGCUGCAACCAGGGACCUUGGAGGUACCUCCUGUGACCCCAGAAGACACCUCCAGAGCUGCGUGUAAAUUCUUCCUCCUGUAUAUUGUACAUCUGCUGGGUUUGGUCUUUUUUUUUAAAAAAAAAACCCUUUUCCUUUUUUAUUUUUUUUUAAACCUGAAGAAUAUCUCCCUUUGUAUGGUAAAAGCUGGGGCUGGGAGGAAAGAAAGCUGGUUCCUCAGGGUUCAGGGGAGAUAGUAGGCGAUCUGAGGACCAAAGAGCUUCCUGCAUUUCCCAGAUCGGCCCUAAAAUCUCCCAGACUGUCCUAGUGUGGCUGGGGUGAGGCGCUGAGGCAGCUUCCCAUGUCCGUUGACUACCUAGAAAAUGCAAAUCCCUUGUAUCCUUUAAGGGAGGGGGGUCAGUACCAGUUAGAGCUUUAAAAAAGAGAAUGCUGUUGGGUUGCUGCAAGCGCAGGAGCGGUUCUUGGGGCAGGAGUCGGAGGUUUUUCUCCCUGCGUGGACAUGGUCUUCGCUCAUGUCACAUCUCACUGGUCGCUUGAGCCUGCAUGUAUCUCCAGUUGGUUCCAGCAUGUUGUUUUUGGAGGCAUUUAGGGGAGAAAAGCAUCCCAAACGUUUUAAUCAGAAAACCUGAGAAUUUCGAAGGCAAAACCUGGUGUUCUUUCUCAUUGUAGGCUUUGUAAGUCUGCUUAGCUCCGUGAAAGGUGUAUGUUGUGGCCCUCACCACAUCUUUCAAAACUAGGCUGAGCAAUUUUGGUUUUUGUUUUUAAUUAAUGAUUCCACCAGUAAAGGCAGCUGGGAGGACCAGUAAGAGCUUUCCUUAGCAUCACCGUAUCACCUCAGUUCAGCAAAACACUUCAAUAUUUGCUUUUUAAUCCCAUCGAGCCUGGGCAGGAGUCAAUUUUUCCUGACUUUCAUCCUUUAAAACAUCGAUCUACCCAAUUGCUGCAGGUUUCCGGUCACUGUGGUGGCUUUCCCACCUACACCAGCAUCGCUGGUGGUGCAUUGCACUUGCUGUCAGGCCGGGAUGUGUGUGGCCGGGGAGCUGGAAUGUCCUGUCAGUUUUCUGCCUUCGUGGAGGCAGGCAGACGUUUGGACUUGGGUUUUCUUUUUUUUUUUCUUUUUUCUGCGUUUUUGAUAAUCGUAACCUGUAACCUGCAGCCAUUGAGCCGAGAGCAAUUCCUGCGUGUGACUUGCGCCCAGGGUGUUCUUAAGGACCCUGUGCCGAGACUCUGCUUUCCUUAUAAAAGCAAAUGGAGUGGUUGGGAGAGUCUGAUACUGCUCCCGGCUUGCUGCAAGCCCUGUUGUUGGAGGGAUUGGGUGAGCAGGUAAAGCGGGCUGAGACAUAUAUAUGUAUUACUGGUGUUUGUUGACAUGUUUUGGGGGUUUUGUUGUUUGCAAUUUUGUACAAGUAAACCAUAUAUCAUCCCACAACCUGAUCUGUCCAGCAUCCAACUGGCAGAUGCAAAAUUUGGCCACUUGGAAAGCAGGAGCCAAACUCUUUGGGCAGGGUGUGACAUGGUGGGGUCACAUCCCCUGUGGGUCUGGCUCAAAUCCCAGGGAAGAAAAGAGGUUUUGGUCCUUGAGAGCUACUCGCUCUGGCUCCCAUCCCUGCUGGAGCGUGGUAUUGAAAGUGAAAUGUUGGGAAAAGCCUUUUCCUCUCCCACUGGCAUUGGAGACUCUUUGCAGGUUCCUGGGUUGAGCAUUUUAUUGCAAAACCAACUUAUUUUAAUUAAAAAAAACCCCAAAACCAAACACCAUGCCUUUGCCGCUGUUUGACCUCCAGCAGUUGAAUGGCUGAGCCAAGAUUACAGUCCUGCUCGGCCUUGUGGGACUUGGCAUGUUUAUCCUGUCAGGGAAGGGCCCCACGAUGCUGGGGUGCAGGCAGGUUCUUGGUGGUGCCGGAGAUGCUGGUGGCUCUCCAAAAAUGAGCUGGCACUUUGGGAAGUCUUACGCAGCGCUUUGCUGUAUUUUACGUUUUUCAAAUACUUGUUAAAAACGGGGCUUGAAGCAGUGCUCAGAGCACAGAAGGAAAAAAAAAAAAGGUUGAAUUUUUGCUUUCCUCAGACCUUGUGCCUUUGCCUCCGUGACUCAAAGACACCCAGGCAAGACCAGUGAUUUUAUUUCUUGCUUCUUAUGCCCUUUGUGCCCCAAACGGUAUCAGGCAGAGCCGGAUCUGUGCUGGCACUGGCCGGACAUGGCUCUGCUUCCAGCCCAAUCAUUCGGAAAACUUCAGACCAUUGGGUUCAUGCCCCCAAACGCGCUGUGUAGCAUUGGACGCCCCAGCCCUUCCCAGCACAGAUCUGCAUCAGAGAUCGGGAUUUUCCCUGGUGGGAGCUCGGGUGUUCAAGAAAUAAAGCGAAAACAACUUUUUGCUUUUCUGUUAAAGAUGCUUUUUUUUUUUUUUU